ACUCCCUUAAUUUAAAGACUCUCUAAAGCCGAAGAGAAUAAGUGUCGUCUCUCUCUCUCUCUCUCUCUCGGUCUGAACUGAAUUUAAACUCGUUUGGGUGUCAGAUACCUUAGAGGGAAGCCGUCUGUAGUUAGACGUAUGAUCUUCCUGCAUUGCAUUUUUCAGAAUGGCGGAUGCGAGAGCUUGUGGGUGGUUAAUGCUUUUAGUCUGCAUAGUAAUUUCAAUGAGGGCCAAUUCAUUCAAUGUGGAUAUUACAUACGUCGAAAAUGCCAUUGCGAAAGGGGCAGUCUGCUUAGAUGGAAGCCCUCCAGCUUAUCAUAUGAGUAGGGGUUUCGGCGCCGGGAUAAAUAAUUGGCUAGUUCAUAUUGAGGGAGGAGGCUGGUGCAACAAUGUCACAACUUGCCUCGAACGUAAAAACACCCGUUUGGGUUCCUCUAAGCAAAUGGCAAAGCAAGUUGCGUUUUCUGGGAUGCUAAGCAACAAAGAGAAAUUCAAUCCAGACUUCUAUAACUGGAACAAGAUCAAGGUCCGCUACUGCGAUGGUGCAUCAUUUACGGGAGAUGUGGAGAGAGUGAAUCCUGCCACCAACCUUCAUUUUCGAGGAGCAAGGGUUUGGCUUGCCAUCAUCGAAGAUCUAUUGGCAAAAGGGAUGAGAAUUGCUGAAAAUGCUCUUCUUUCGGGCUGUUCAGCUGGUGGUCUGACAGCCAUACUUCACUGUGAUAGCUUUCGCGCUCUUCUACCGAUGGGUACCAAAGUAAAAUGCCUCUCGGAUGCUGGUUAUUUUAUCAAUGCGAAGGAUAUUUCUGGAGCAGAACAUAUAAGAGCCUUCUAUGAAGAUGUGGUGACCACUCAUGGAUCAGCAAACAACUUGCCUUUGUCUUGCAGGUCUAGAUUGAAACCUGGCAUGUGUUUCUUUCCCCAGUACAUGGCUCAACAAAUACGUACACCACUAUUUGUAUUAAAUGCAGCAUACGAUUCGUGGCAGAUUAAGAAUAUUUUGGCACCAGGCGUUUCUGAUCCUCAUGGCCAUUGGCAUGACUGUAAAGUGAAUAUAAAGCAGUGCUCUCCCAGUCAAAUUCAAACAAUGCAAGGUUUCAGGUUGCAGUUUUUAAGAGCACUGGCUGGGUUGGGGAUGUCACCGGCUAGAGGCAUGUUCAUAAACUCAUGUUAUGCCCAUUGCCAAUCUGAGAUGCAAGAGACAUGGUUGAGAGCCGACUCUCCCGUGCUUGGAAAGACUACAAUCGCAAAGGCAGUUGGAGACUGGUAUUUUGACCGGAGUCCCUUCCAGAAGAUUGAUUGCCCUUACCCCUGCGACUCAUCUUGUCACAACCGCAUCUUCGAUGAACAUGAACUUUCCGAAGUGUAGCAAAUUCUUCAUGGCGAAUAUUUAUUUCCAUACAUAAUAUAAUUAUUAUGAUGAACCAAUAGCUCAAAUAAAAGGCACAUCGUAUUGCAAUCAGGUUGUCCCGGAAAUAAGCAAAGAUCACCAAAGCACCAGUCGUCGUGCAGGUGUCUUGUAUUAAUUUUUAUGUAUCAGACUGUUAUACAUUUUAUAAUAAAAUCAAGUAUCUUAGUUUGUUUUA